ACCCAGAAAACUGACAGGAAGACUUUCGGUGCUGCAUCCCGUCUCCUAGAGCUGCAUCCCAUCUCCUAGAGCUGCCUCGCCUCUGGAAUUUAAAAUGCCUGCAGAAAACAGCGACCAGGAGAGCAUGCUGAGCUACCAGAGACCCGGUGAGGAGGUUGUCGUGGAUCAGGGUGGCACAAGCUCAGUCUUAAACAUCCACUAUGAGAAAGAGGAGCUAGAGAGUCAUAGGACCCUGUUUGUUGGAGUGAGGAUGCCUCUGGGUCGUCAGUCUCACCGCCAUCACAGACCUCACAGCUCCAAACACCGCAGGAGAGAGAGGACAAGAACCGGGAGCCUAGUGCAUGAUAGUGACAUUACAGAGACCUCACACGAUACACCAUCACAGAGGGUGCAGUUUAUUCUGGGCACAGAGGAGGAUGAAGAACACGUUGCUCAUGAGCUGUUCACUGAGCUGGAUGAGAUCUGCGUUAAAGACGGUAAAGACGCUGAGUGGAAAGAGACAGCCAGGUGGCUAAAGUUCGAGGAGGACGUGGAGGAUGGAGGUGAGAGGUGGAGUAAACCCUACGUGGCCACUCUGUCUUUGCACAGCCUGUUCGAGCUGCGUAGCUGCAUCAUCAACGGCACCGUCCUGCUGGACAUGAGAGCCAGCUGCAUCGAGGAGAUCGCCGACAUGGUGCUGGACCAUCAAGAGGCAGCUCAUGAGUUAGAUGACAGCGUGAGGGUGAAGGUUCGAGAAGCUCUGCUGAAAAGGCAUCACCACCAAAGCGAUAAGAGGAGAUCCAACCUCCUGCCCAUGGUAAAAUCUCUGACCGAUUCCGGCAGGAAGCAGAGUGAACCCCACAGUCUGGACAAAGCCGGUCAUGCCACAUCUUCUCAAGCUUUUCCUGUAACUGCUGAAGCAAAGAGCGGGGCAGGGCAGGAUAACGGACAAGUGGACCUCAGUAAGGUGGACACACACUUCAUGAAGAAGAUCCCUACCGGAGCUGAAGCCUCUAACGUGCUGGUGGGAGAGCUGGACUUCCUGGAGAGACCUAUCGUAGCGUUCGUCCGGCUUUCACCUGCGGUUCUGCUAACAGGACUCACUGAAGUACCCAUACCAACCAGGUUCAUGUUCAUUCUUCUCGGGCCGGACGGAAAAGCUCAGCAAUAUCACGAGAUCGGACGAUCCAUGGCAACCAUCAUGACCGAUGAGAUUUUUCAUGAUGUAGCAUACAAGGCUAAGAACCGGAGCGACCUUCUGGCUGGGAUUGAUGAGUUUUUGGAUCAGGUGACUGUUUUGCCACCUGGUGAGUGGGACCCUUCUAUACGCAUUGAACCGCCAAAAAGUGUUCCCUCACAGGAGAAAAGGAAGAUGCCUGGCGUUCCCAACGGGACAUCCGGUCCUGCCGAGGAGGAGCCACCUGGGGAACACCACGGACCAGAACUACAGAGAACUGGGAGGUUGUUUGGUGGUUUGAUUCUGGAUGUGAAACGAAAGGCUCCCUUUUACGUGAGCGAUUUUAGAGAUGGGUUGAGUCUGCAAUGUGUGGCGUCGUUCCUCUUCCUCUACUGUGCCUGCAUGUCUCCUGUAAUUACCUUCGGCGGGUUGCUGGGGGAAGCGACAGAGGGACGCAUUAGUGCUAUUGAGUCUUUGUUAGGAGCCUCGAUGACAGGCAUGGCGUACUCUCUGUUCGCCGGUCAGCCACUCACUAUUCUCGGCAGUACUGGACCUGUUCUGGUGUUCGAGAAAAUACUUUUCAAGUUCUGCAAAGAUUAUGAACUGUCGUACCUGUCUCUACGCACCUGUAUCGGCCUGUGGACGGCCUUCCUGUGUUUUAUCCUGGUUGCGACCGAUGCUAGCUCACUGGUCUGCUACAUCACUCGCUUCACAGAGGAAGCCUUCGCUGCACUCAUCUGCCUCAUCUUCAUCUACGAGGCCUUAGAGAAACUCAUACAUCUGGGAGAACUUUACCCUGUCAACUCACACAGUGACCUGGAUAAACUCACACUGGCAUACUGUAAAUGUGCAAUGCCUGACAACCCCAGUAAUAAAACUCUGACGAUGUGGAGUGAGACGAACAUCACGGCGUCCGAAGUGCCGUGGAGCAACCUCACUGUGAAGGAGUGUUUAAAUCUGCAAGGCCAGUUUGUGGGGACAGCUUGUGGUCAUCAUGGCCCCUACACUCCCGACGUGCUCUUCUGGUCGGCCAUCUUGUUUUUCUCCACCUUCUUCCUGUCUGCUUUCCUCAAGCAGUUCAAGACCAGCAGAUAUUUUCCAACACGGGUGCGAUCUAUGAUCAGUGAUUUUGCCGUCUUCCUGACAAUCUUUCUCAUGGUGCUGAUUGACUAUGCAAUUGGAGUGCCAUCACAAAAACUACAAGUGCCAAGCAAAUUUAAGCCUACACGAGAUGACCGUGGCUGGCUGAUUAACCCGAUAGGUCCGAACCCUUGGUGGACGGUUCUGGCAGCGGCAAUACCAUCCAUGCUUUGCACAAUCCUCAUAUUCAUGGACCAACAAAUCACAGCUGUCAUCAUUAACCGCAAAGAACACAAACUCAAGAAGGGCUGUGGCUACCACUUGGACCUGUUGAUGGUGGGGAUAAUGCUGGCUGUGUGUUCAGUGAUGGGCUUGCCAUGGUUCGUAGCAGCGACAGUACUUUCAAUUUCCCACGUGAACAGUCUAAAACUGGAGUCAGAAAGCUCUGCCCCAGGAGAGCAGCCAAGAUUCCUGGGUAUCAGAGAGCAGAGACUAACCGGCCUGCUCAUUUUCCUGCUCAUGGGCUGCUCUGUGUUUAUGACCGGUGCUUUACAGUUUAUCCCAAUGCCAGUGCUGUAUGGAGUGUUCCUUUACAUGGGAGCUUCAUCUCUCAAAGGCAUUCAGUUCUUCGACCGUCUGAAGUUGUUCGGCAUGCCAGCAAAGCAUCAGCCAGACUUCAUCUAUCUUCGGCAUGUUCCUCUAAGGAAAGUUCACUUGUUCACCAUCACCCAGCUCACCUGUCUUGUACUGUUGUGGGUCAUCAAGACGUCCCCCGCCGCCAUCGUCUUCCCCAUGAUGGUGCUGGCGCUGGUCUUCAUCCGUAAACUGCUGGAUUUCUGCUUCAGCAAACGGGAGCUGAGUUACCUCGAUGACCUUAUGCCUGAGAGCAAAAAGAAGAAACUUGAUGAUGCGUCUAAAAAGGCAGAGGAGCAGGAGUCACAGGAGAUGCUGGUUGAUGACUCAGACAGAGGAGACGAGAAAAACACGGUGAGGAUCCCGAUGGAGAGCAGCAAGCUGAUACAGUCUCCUAAAACACCAGACCCAAGGACUGACCCCUCUGACAUCAACAUCUCAGAUGAAAUGUCUAAAACUACAGUCUGGAAGUCACUUAGCUCUAACCAAAAAGACACACAGCGUGCAGCAGGGCUCAAAAAGGAUGACCGGUGAAGAGCCACACAGGACCUGCGAAUUCAUCAAGCAGUUCAUUAACAUCGUUCUUUCUAUCUCUCUAUAUCCCCCCCCCCCCCCGAAUCCCAAACAAGAUACACACUACAUACCAUUAACCCUCCUUAUACCCAUGAGGUAUGAGUGUGUAUACGAUGUCUGUGUGUUUAGUGUGUACAUAGAGGAGUAUGAUUCUCUACCCCUGUUUCAUUUUAGCACUUUAACGCUGUCUAGAACGUCACAGUCACCGCACACAAAGCGUGGAUUUUACUUUUAGGUGUCAAGAUAUUAAAUGUCUCCCAUUCCUGCUCAACAUGUGCGCUGUGGUGCGUCAUUGAAAUUAUUAAUAACCUCAGUAGUAAGAGUGAAAUUUUGAAGAAGUUGAGUAAGUGAAGUUUAUUUGUUUUUUUAAUAAGAUAGUGACACAAAUUGUGCAAGCAGGUUUUAGAGUCUGAAUUACAAGCAGUUAAAGGGAUAUUCCAGUGUUUUUCAGGGUCUGCUCAGAUGUAUGUGGAUAUUUCUGAAAAAUUAGCUUGUCUGUGUUUUUGUUCCUGGAUAUGACUCCAGAUCUAUUGCAAACCUGACUGAGAUAUGAUAUGAAUGAAUGAAAGAUAGAAUUUGACUCUUUCUGUCAUACCAUGUUGGUGUUUCUUCCCAAAUUUCUCCUUGGCUGCAUCUUAAUCAGCUCUCUAGCUCCCUAGGUGGUGAAUCAGUACAUCAUGUACUGCUCAGAACCGUGGCUCACUCCAUGCUGGGACUCAGAUGACUCAGUUUCAAAGAUUGAAAUAACUACAUACUCACAUUGUUGUAAAACCUCACAACUACCAUUUAUCACCAACAGAAAGGUUUGUUAUCUCUCACAUUAUUUAUUAAUUUUAUUUUCAAUGGUGCUUCCUGGAAGAUCGCAGGCUCAAUAAUGGGUUCUUUUAAAAUCGUUAAACACGAAAGUCGUAAGUCUACAUCCAGCUUUAUAUAGAAUAUCAAAUAAAGAGAAAAACCAUUAAGUCAACAUUUGAGAUCGAAAUGGAAAUCUGGAACAUUUUCUUGCCAGACCACCAGAGGGCAACGCUCCACAUUCUGAGUAACACUUUUUUGGUCGUGUUUCAUUUCCGUCGUUUUAUUGUGCGUCUGUUUCCCAGUCGAUCGGUUACCUGUUUAAAGUCGAUUUGUGUUUUUGACCCAUUUUGUUGUCUAGCUGUCGUUUCUUACCUGUGUGAACCCUGUGUGUUUGCUGAGACCAGUCUAGUUCUUGUGUAGUUUUGUUCUUGUAGUUUGUUCAGCAAUGAAAUUAUAGAGAAAUCCCUCUCUUUCCUUAACAAGCAUCAUUUCCUGAUUUUUUUCAGGCUGCGAGGCUUCAGAAAAUAUGACGUUAUUAUUUCAGGGAACAUAGCGAGCAGUGAUGCUUCCUGGGUUUUGUGGUGCAUUGUGGGAGAUUUUUAAUGAGCGAACCUUCUGGAAAGAUUUUACAAUCUCGUGAGAAUGGAUUGAGUCGCAGCGUUUCUCUUCCGCUCUUGUUAUUCUUGCAUUGUUUAACGUAACCAUUUAAUAUCGCCACCUCCAAGGGGCAGAUGUUGACCUCCAACAAAGCCACCAAAUCUUCCCAUAUUCUACCUGGGAUUUUCAACAAGAAUUUUUUUUAUCAAGAUUGCAGUGACGAAACGUUUAGAAAAACAUUAGGUUGUAAAACACUGGACUAUUCCUUUAAUUCUAACAUUAACGUGAUAAUAAAAACCCUCUGUUUUAAAUGGAUGCUUUCUGUUAGACAGCAGUGAAAAAUAAGCAAUAAAGGACAAUAACAGAUGAUAAUCAAUCAUGUAAAAAAUAUAUAAUAAAAAUAAAAAGUAAUAAAAAUGAAAUAUAUACAAAAAGCAGCUAUGAAGUGGAAGAAAACCCUUCUUUUUUCGUUCUUUACCAAGCUUGGGCAGAAAAGAAAACUUUCAUGUACUUGAAAUAACGGUAAGCGUUAAUUAAAACGUUGAGGUUUAGUUGUUAUAUAAAUGUAUGUAUCCGUCAGUCAGGGUGUCGUUGUCGGUUGUUAAGGUUUUCGUCAUCGUGUCGAGGUUAAAUGACAACAUUAGCUUUUUCUCAUCAAAGGAAAACUCCACCCUGGGUCAAAUUAAACGUUUUAAACGUAUUAUUAUGAAAUGUUUGUGUUGUUGAUUCUGGUGCUGAAUUUCCUGCGUUAUCCGCUUAAUAUUUUCUGAUGUCUUUAUGACGUAACAUCCAGCUGACUCACCUCCUCAUCUCUAACCUCUGCGGCUGUGGCGUAAAAGUCGAAGCUUUAAAAGCUGAUCUGUCCGAGCUGGAGUUUACAGAGGAGGACAUGAGACAGCUGGACGGACUACGGAUAAAGCCCCGCUGCAUCGGUGAUGAGCAAAUCCUGCUGCUCCACAAUCACCAGGAAUUGUGGUUAAUGUAGGAAAGUGUUUCAAAUAAAAAUAUAAAAAUUUUGAAUCAUCUUUCAGGGUGGAGUUUUAAACAGACUUUAGAGGCUCUUUAAUACUCCUCAGGGUUUAAAGUUCAGGCGUUUGGUUAAAACCACAGCUGUUGAUUUUUAAAAGCCAUUUAAAGGAAUACUCCAGCAGGUUUUAAACGAAUGUCCAGUCCGAUGCCAGUGACUUCCAAUGUAAGUGAAUUCGGCUCUAAGAAUUUUAAACUUGUUUCAUUUUACAGAGGAAACAAUAAAAUUCAUUUACAUGGAAGUAAAUGGAAAUGAAAUGCAAUAGAAAUGUAUGAAAAUAAAUGCUGGAGUCUCCUUCAUUGAUUGUGCACAGGAUUUUUUCAAAAAAAAAAAUUUUUUUUCGUUUCCUCCGCAUACAGUGAUGCAGAUGAAGCCAUUCGAUUAUCAAAGCACACUUUCAUCCUUAAGCUUCACAUCAGAUCAGAUCAGGUGACAGGGUCACAUCUCAAACCUGUUUAACUCCCUCCUCCGUUAAGGGCGUGGCCUUUCCCAUCUCUGCUAUUUACUUGUAAUAUUUUUUUUUUUUUUUUUUAAAAAGAAUUUUCAGGUCUGAUGAAAAAUUUUCACCUCAAAAUAAAAACAGCUCUUGAUUUGUAGUUGCACUUUAUGUAGAUAUACACAGAAUAUGAGGUUCUAUUUUUAAGCCAGAGAGCAUAACUUAACUUAUUAUUCUUACUUUUAUGAUUUAUUUUAGUAAAACGUCGGUGUGUAUGUUGUGAUAACGAGUGGGCGGAGCUUCCAUACUGAGUGUAUUGUGUUUAUAGUAAAAGAGAAGCAGGCGCUCCUGCCAGAGUGAGCUUUCAUUUCAUUCUUUUACGUGAAUGUCAAGCCAGUUCAGGACAAAUGUUAAGAACGCUGCCUUCAAGUCCUGUCGGAAUUAUAUGUCGGAAUUACAAGGCACAACGUGGGAAGUCGUAUAAGGAACUGGUGAAUAUGUUACGUAAGAAUUGUUCUAUUAGAGUGAAGCAACUACGCCGUCCUUUAGCUUCCAGGUGAACACACACCUGUUAUCACACACUUCUUGUUAUCGCUUAUGUUAUAGCAGCUAUAAACAGUCGUUCCCUGACGAAUUCUUUUCAUCCAUCUGAGAAACCACAAACUUCUCUGUUCUGAAAAAACGUCUCUGUUCUGGUACAAAAUGCCGACAAUGGAGACUUCCAGAAACAUUAAACACCCCCUUUUCACCAUCAACAGCUCUCUGUUUAUUCUUAGUCUUGUAAUAAUUAUGUGGAUUAAUACAUCUGCGGUUUGAGCCCCUGUGAAUAAGCUGUUACUAUAGUAACCAACAUCUGACCAAUCAGAAUGAAUGAACUUUUGACCAGUCCAUAACACUAUACAUAACAUUAGACACCACACACACACACACACACACACUCACACACACACACACAGAUUGAAAAAUAUGUUCUUCUGGAAUUGUUGAUUUUAAAACUUUAGUACAUUAUUAAUGUUUAAUCAGUGCUAAAAAAAAAAAAAAAGCUUGAAUGUCACGUUAGCCGUACAAACCUCGCUACAAAUAUCAACGUCACGUGCUGGAGACUUAUUACACUCAUCGUUAAUCAUCUUUCAGCAAUUUCCUGUUUGUCUGUUCACUAAAAAAAAAUCCUAAACAAUGUUUUGGAACAAUUUCUGGAAUUCCAUGAAGAAGAAAAAAAAAUAUUUCAAAUUAAUUGGGUUACAUUUGAUUUGUGUGUCGUCGUGCUGUUCUGAUCAGUAAGUGUGUUGAUGCUUCGGUCCAUAACGACCCGACUUAACCGUUUUGUUUUCUCAAUGUAUUAUAACAUUUAAUAUAUUUAACAAAAAUAAAACAAUACUGUAUUUUCAAUAUUUAACUCAAAUUAACAUUUCAAGACAUCAGAUCUGUCUGAACAUAAUGUUUAAUAUCUAUAUGUUAAUCUGUUUCCAUGUAUUUAUUUAAACCAGCAGCACCUCGGUGUGUAUUAGUCCCCUAUAGCAACAAAGUUCACCAUAGUGUCCAGGACUUUAACUGCCAAAGCAGAGCCAGGAGUAAGAGUUUUUGUGUGUGUGUGUGUGUGUGUGUGUGUGUGUGUGUGUGUGUGUGUGUGUGUGUGUGUGUGUGUGUGUGUGUGUGUACUGUAGAAAGGCUCAGAUUGUCUGGUCAUAUAUACUGUCUGCAAUAAAUUUAUGCUUGGUUCAA